AACAACUUCAGCAUCUAGUAUUCAAUAAAUUUAAUAAAUUUCUAAGUUUAAAGGAUAUAGACGUAGAAUUAAUUAUUUAAAGUGAUUGGUUAAGGAACAUGCCCAGUGAUAGAAUGUCGAGAUUAUAUUGAUGUAAUGGAAAAAGUCGUGAUAAAGAGGAUAAAAGUAUAAAUUGUAAAAAGUAAACAAGUUUCUUCUUUAAGAACGAAAUUAUAAACAAGAGAUAAAAAGUUUGAAUGCAUAAAGAAUGGAAUCGAAACAAGACUUUCCAACAUUCUGCUAUAAUGUCAAAAAUAUACAAAUGAUUGCGCCAGGUCAGCUUGGGGACGAGAACAAAACAAUUCAAUAUAUUGCUACGCAGCCUUUCACAUCUUAUGGUCAGUCGUAUGCCCUAGUUAAUCCAGUUCAAAUUGCUGGUACGCAAAAUGGACAAAUCGUGAUUCAAAAUAAACCAAUUAGUGCUAACACAAUAUCUAAUAUAAGUUUUAAGUGCGAUGUAUGCAGUCAAAUAUUUCCACAUUUAACAUUACUAAAUCAGCACAAAAGGACACAUAAUCAAGAGGAUUCACAUAAUGAUACUGUUACAGUUGUGACCCAGCAGCCAAACUUAAUUCAAGCACAAAAUUUAAUAUCAGAAAGUGGACAAAAUUUAGGAAUUCAAAUAGUUGCAACGGAAUCACUUGAACCAGCACAGCUGCAUCAUACAAUUAAUGAACAAAUCGGUUUAGUUCAACAACAAUCUCAAAGUCAACAGAAGAAUGAUAAACAAAAAUGUAUAUCAUGUGGUGGACACAUACAGAAUGCAAAGCGUAAAGGUCCUAAAUUAAUUCGAUGCGAGACAUGCAUACAAAAUGACACAAAUGCACAGAAUGUUAGACCAACUCAAAUUUUUGUCUCGCCCGACGGGGACAUUAAGUUUGAAGUGAAUGAGUCACAAAAUGUUAUUCAUCUACAGAAUGCACUUCCUGCAAAAAUGGCGGCAAAAAAGAAGAAUGUGACAACCGUUACAAAAUGUUCGACAUGUAAUGGAACUGGUGUAGUUAUUGUGACAGAUAAUCCCUCGUCAUCUUCAGUUUCUUCAAAUCAAACGAUAACUGUGCAGCAGAGCCCUAAACAAGCACCAGCUAGAACAGCUACAUCAUCUCCACAAAAAAUUCCUCAACAAGUACAGAUUCAGACCAUUUCACAUCAAGUUCAGCAGCAGCAGCAGCCUCAACAAGCAGUUUCUCCGCCUCCUUUACAGCAACAAUCCCAACACCAUCCAGUUCAGCAUCACGCGCCUCCACAAAAUCAAUCAGUACAAUCACAAAAUGAUAAGCCAUUUAGUUGUAAUAUUUGUGGUGGAAAGUUUUCACGGUAUUCGAGUCUUUGGUCACACAAAAAGCUUCAUUCGGGAGAGAAAAACUAUAAGUGCGAGCAAUGUAAUUCGUCAUUUGCCAAAGCUGUAUAUCUCAAAAAUCAUAUGAGGAUACAUAGUGGAGAAAAGCCAUACCGAUGUGGUACAUGUGGAAUGACUUUCAGCCAAUCGCCUCACUUGAAGAACCACGAACGAACACAUACUGGUGAAAAGCCAUAUGUCUGUCAAAUAUGCGAUAAAGGAUUUGCUCGACAUGCAACUCUUUGGAAUCAUAGGAGGAUUCAUACAGGAGAAAAACCGUAUCGCUGCGAGAGAUGUAGUUCAGCGUUUUCACAGGCAGCUCAUCUGAAGAACCACGAGAAAGUUCAUUUGGGUUUGAAACCAUUUAAAUGUACAAUUUGUGCAGGUUCCUUCUCGGAUCGUUUUGCGCUCAAACGUCACCAAAACAUUCAUCAAAAGUAUGGACAAACUGCACCGCUACAACCAGGCGAAAGUGAAGACGUAAUGGGAAAUGACGAUGAAGACAUGCUUAAAGAGGAAGAAGAGGAAGACGAUUCCUCAGUUAAAGACGAUAUGACGCUUAUGGCCUAAAUUGUGCUGUCUCGAAGCUUUGAUCUUUUCAAUAUUAAACUAAAUUAACUUCAAAAAUGGAAGUUGAAUUGUGAAAAAAAAAUACGUAGAACUAGGAACAAGAAGUGAUUUUUUAUUCUCCUUUCUAAAUUAAUACUUCUCUCGCAAAACCCUUAGAUAUGUAAAUUAUUAAAUAAAUUUUCCAUAAGACACACAAAUUGUUUUUUUCCCACUCUUCCCAUUUUUAUUACUCUUAAACCCCAUUCUUUAUGAUCGAUUACCUUAGAAUAUGUGUAAAAAAAAUGUGAAGAUAAAAAAAACUAUUUUUAUAAAAAAAAGAGACAAGAAAAAUGCAAAGUUUUAAAAGUUUCACAAUAUUGUAUACUUUACAAAAAUUCUAUGAAAAAUAAAAUGCAAAUUGCAAAAAAAGGAA